AUGAUGGCGGCGGAACCCCGAGAGGCGGGCAGAGCGGCCGCGCUAAGGACAGCGACUCCCGCCGCCAGCACCACCUGCGACGACGACUCCCCUUCAGCUCGUCCGACAAUAACAACCGCUGCCCUUUCUGCUGCUUCUCGUCUGCUCUCGCCCACUUCGUCUUCUUCCCGUUCUUCCUCUUCCGUUGCCUUCACUGCUGCUGCUGCUGCUGCUGCUGCUGCUUUGCCGACUUCUUCUCCCUCCGCUGUUCCUCGUCCUCCUCAGAGUCGCUUCAGCUUCGAGUACAAGUACCCCCUUCGCAAACGAGCCCUGACUUCAUCGCACACCAGCGCCGCCGCUUCCGCCCAGAACAGCGACGACACGCAUCCGGGCCCAGACUCAACGCCGACCCCCCAACAACGCACCCUUUUGUAUGACAGACCCGGGCGGUCAGUUCCUCUCAGCCAGUUGUCCCACGUCCACGAUCCAGCGGGGCCUGGUUCUCAACCACCAUCGCCUCGUCUGGCUUUAGAAAAGGAUCGCGAUCCCGUCCUACCCCUUGACGCCUCCUCGACCGCCCGCGCGUCGAAUCCAAAUGCAACCAAGCGUCGAAAGUCGUCCCCUAGUGAUCAGCAGACGAUUCCAGACGUGAACAAGAGAAUGCCCGCCUCCUCGGUGGCCUACACUCAAGGGCGAACGCUGGUCGAUGAGGACAGUCGCAAUGCCGAUGGACUCGAUCGGUAUAGUCAGUCAGGAGACGGCAACAAGACCCCGGUCGCAGAUGAUACCCGCACCAAAAACGAGGACAUCUUCUUGAACAUCGCAAGAUCUGAUUCUGGACGUCGCGAUUCGCUCGGGCGCUCAGACCUUCGGCGGUCGCGAUUCAGAAUGUCUGGCAGCGGACUCCGUUCAUCGACCUCUCGUGUUCCGGAACAAAUGCCUUCUUCUGAGCAAUAUCCCUUAGACGGCUACUACCACCCCUUGCGUUCGCAUCAAGAAUCUCCGUCAACCCCCCACACUGCCGCACUAUACUCUUACUCAGCUUCCGCUCAUCCACUGGAUGAACACAACCGCCCGUCCAGCUCAGCCUUUGCUCUCAGCUCGAGGUCCGCAAUUGGCUUACCACGAAGUCGACUGGGCCGGUCCAGUCCCGAACCCUUAUCCCUUAGCCCCGAAUCCUAUCCCGAAAGACGCGGAUCGCUCCAUGAGUCCCGAGCUUAUCGUCAAUCGAAUCUUUCAACUAUCCGAAGUAGCCGACAGCCAUCCAGCUCGGACGUCACCGAACGCGCUCGAUUUGAGGCCGAGCGGUCUCGCCAGGAUGGGACGGAAUCAACUUUGUCCACGACUGCGCCCUCGACGGUCUGGGACGAGCUAGAAGAUCUCAAAUCCCGGAUCAAGAAGCUAGAACUGACGGGGAAGCUCCCGCCCUCAUCCCAGGAAGCGAUCUCGUCUGCUUCUGGGGAACGACCACCAACGGCCACAACGACCGUGACUACAGUGUCGUCUUCCCCCAGGCGCCCGCGGAAGGCGAGCAUUCUUUCGGGCGAGCCCGAGGUGUCAGCAGGUCCCAGCCCUGUUCAUCCGCUCCUGCAGUCGGCUUUAAGUAAGGCAAAGGACGUGCUCAGUAAUGAAGUCUACGCCGCUCUGGAGGUUACCGCUACCGACGCGGUGGCGCUGUCCACUCUGCUUGGCUCCAGUAAGGCCCCCUCUGGUACUGCAUCUGUGGUUAACGGGUAUGGGACGUCUGAUAGGCAGGCUAGACGGAAAGCGGAUAGCGUUUGUCGCAGUCUAACGGAGCUAUGUCUGGCCUUGUCUGACGAGCAACACCGGAGGCAAUCGUCCUUAGUUGUCAACGGUAAAGCCGAGGAGGAAGGUAACGAGAACGAGGAUGACACUUUGACUCCGACACUGUCCUUUCGUCGAAGCACGACCCUAGAUUCCGAAGGGCUGAUUCGACGACAGAGCACCAAACGGGUGGCUAGCCGUUUGGAGGCUCGUCGAUCCAGCUUUGCGACCGCCAACAAUCCCUCCCCGGAGUCUCAGCAUAGCGACCAGGGCAGAGAACAAGUCCCAGAAGCGAAAGUGACCCAAUCACCCAGCUCACCGGUUGUCCCGCGAUUAAAUCGAUUAUCUACCUCGUUACGAACCAAGCGACACCGCACCGAUGACGAGUCCCUUGCUGAACAAAGCCCACAGGUUCGCUCGCCUGCAAGAAGUGUCGCGGAUAUCAGCAGCGCAGCGACUAAUUAUCGCGUAUCCCCACGCCAGCGCAUGUCGCAUGGAUAUACCGCGUCCCAGCCAAUGGUCACAACACCGGAACGCCACCCCCGAUAUUCAGCCCAUCCUCAACCGUCCCAGCUGCCUCAGCCUCGCACGCCAACUCUCUCACAAUCUGCGAUUCCUCUGCGCCGGAAUUUGAUGACCCCCGGCUACACCCCUGCCACUGCGCGCUCGAAUAUACAAGCCGGAUUUCGUCGUUACGGUGCAGGUUCUGGGCUUAGCUCUGCCACCCACACCAGCGAUGGUAUAAAUGAAGAUGGCAUCAUGUCUCCACGACAGGAACCCUCUCGGACCCGAAUCAUCGCACCCUCGAGUAAAUUAGCUGCCAGCUAUACUCCGAUUAGUCAAAAUAGACUACGAACGAAUAGUCUAGGCACCAGGAAAUCUGGGCUUCGACCGCGGUCAAUGGCCGCAUCUGACGAGGCUGUGAAUGCAUUCGAUGACGGAUUCGAUUGA